CGGAAGUGAUGACAAAUCACAGGAAAAAGGCGGAAAAUGGAGGCGGCGGUGUUUAUCGUGUCGCUGGUCGACUGUUGUGCAUUGAUUUUUCUGUCUGUGUACUUUAUUAUAACCCUGUCUGAUUUAGAAUGUGACUACAUUAAUGCCAGAGCUUGCUGCUCCAAACUGAACAAAUGGGUAAUACCCGAGUUGAUUGGCCAAACACUAACGACUGUGAUGAUGAUGGUGUCUAUGCACUGGUUCAUCCUUAUCCUCAACCUGCCUGUAGCUGCAUGGGAUCUCUACAGGUAUGUAAAGGUGCCAUUGGGUAAUAUGGGGGUCUUUGACCCGACUGAGAUCCACAACAGGGGGCAACUGAAGUCCCACAUGAAGGAGGCGAUGAUUAAACUCGGCUUCCACUUGCUCUGCUUCUUCAUUUAUUUGUACAGCAUGAUCCUGGCACUAAUCAACGAUUGACCUCUGUGGGAAGCCUCCUGAAAAACGCUGCCCAAUGCCUCGUUAUCAUGGGUUUUGAAGAUUAGUCUGGUCCUGUAUGCAUAGAACAUUGCACAAAACGGUUUCCCUGAACCACAACAACUCUGCAGUUCAGUUUGUAAGGGGUUGGUAUUGGUUAUUAGGUUUGCAGGCCACUGAUUCUGUUCUGACAAGCUCUAUGCAUACAAGCCCUUAGUUAAGGUCAGAGCAGCAUCACGCACCACCACUGGAACUCUUAGGAUUUCCCAGCCUUCCCCCCUAAAGAAAAUUACGAUGGCCCAUGAAUCUGAAUCAUGCCUGUUUGUUAAUGUUUUGACAGGCAUUUGGCUGCCUGUAUUAUUUUGGUUGGAUGUUUUUCUUCUUUUUGCAGGCACGCUGGUGAGCUGCAUAUUUAAUGCACUGGUAAAUGUGACUGUGGUUAUCCAAAGCAUUGCUUGCACUGUUAACCUCGGCAGUGGGUGACAAUCACAUCAGUUUAUUCCUUUCACCAUGAAACCCUUGUCUCCAACCUAUCCCGUUGUCUGUCUAGCAUGUUUUCAAUGAAAAUCCUUUUUUUUUUAGAUCUUUUAACAUUCUUUAUUGUUUGCCAUGGUUUAAUAAUAAUAGGGGAAAUGUGUCAUUACUUACUGCAGCAAGUCAAUCUGAAAGUAAUGGGGGCAGAUUUACAAAAUUAAUUACUUUUUUACCCAUAUGGUUUGUUAUUUAAAUUCUUUUUUUAUAUACAGGAAAGAAGUUGUUCAGUGUAUGGAGCGGUUUCUACACUAUGAAUAUAGUGAGGCUAUAUAGUGGGUUGACGUAAAGGCUUUCCGAAUGACCUGAUUAUAAUCAAACGGUGUGGGUGAAUGUGAAUGUCUUCAAAUCCCAAUCAUUGGCAGAUUCAUCUGACAUUCAAAGGUUUCUCAGGGGAAUACACAUCCAAUUAAGAAAAAACUUAAAUGCACUCCAGUGUUUUCUUAUGGACUCAUUAGUGACCUUGGGAGUUUGAAAUAGAAUCUACACGCUAAGCAUCAGUAUUCACAGACCUGCGGGUGUUUUGUUGAGAGACUAUAACUGACUGCUUGAACUGAUCUGCAGUGUUCUUCAAUUGUUCAAGUUCAUUCCCAUUUGUAAUUGGCUCACAACGGUUCACCAUUUGGAGUUUAAUAAAUUUGAAUGUGAGAUUGAA